UACACAGCACUAAAAUAUUUAAAAUAUAAACAUGCUGAGUUCGUAAGUCUCGGUUUUACAACAGCUGUUAACUGGAAACACUGGUACUUGAGAUGAAAAGGUUGAAAACCACUGGUCUAGAGCUAACCACAUUACUGCAGCGCACCGUACAGUACGUCUACCCCCCGGGGAACAUCAUUUGAGUGAAAACGAAAGUAAAGGCAACUUGUAGAAAACAUUAUACACCCUAACCCUAACCCUAACUCAUACAUUUGCAGAUGUUGUUCAGUUUGUUAUUUUUGGUUUGUUUAACAGUUUUGUUCGCUAGUAAUGUCAUUAAAUGACCUUACUAUUUAAAUAUGUGACUAACCCCACUGUGUCCCGGUCCUUUGCAAGUUUCAACUCGUCCGCUGCGUGAUAAAGACUAGCAGAGGUUUCAUCACGCGGUUCAAUUUCAGUGGACUGUUUCUCUUCCACCUUUGAUCAGUAACACAGUGCUCUGUCAUGCGAAGAGUUGGAAGUGUUAUGGACACAUUACACUGCUUCUGAGAAAUGAUGCAAGUCCACCCAGACAACCCAGAGAUCCCUCAACCCCGCGGGCUGCUGGCAAGAAACUGUGCGAUCUUCUUUGGGAUUUUGCUUUCGUUUUUUGCUUGGAUUGUUCGAACUGAUGAUCUUGUUCAUUGUUUUGCAGUUUCUGGAUUUAUCUUUUCAUUUUGUGGAAUUUUAAAAGGUGUUUGUCACUUGUCAGAGGAAAUAGUCCAUCAGUUCAGACCAAGGUACAGAAGCAGUUUAAUGAAAGCUUUGAAGGCAUGUUUCAAUUGGAAAAAUGUCUGUCUUGCAGUCUUUCUGUGUUUUGUCUCCUUCAAAUCUGAAGAUUGUACUCGUAUUCUCACAGCAUGCGCCUGUGUCAUGCUAUUCACAGGAUCACAACUUUCGGGCCCACUGGCAGUGGAAAUCUCGGAAAUCUGUGAGAACAGAAAGAUGAAUGUUGCUCAUGGCUUGGCCUGGUCUUUUUACAUAGGAUAUUUAAAACUGGUUCUGCCAAGACUGAAGGACUCCAUCCAGACUUUCUGUGACAAAAAAGGGAAUUUUGUUCUAAAGUGUAAGGAUACAUGGAAGCUCCACAUUCUAAUGCCCCUGAGCUGCACAAUCCCAGACAAGCUGGAAGAGGAAGAUUCUAACAUAGAAUUCCUAGACAAUCUUCCAGACAUUGUGAUUGACCGGGCUGGUGUUAAAAAAAGAGUCUACAAGCACAGCAUCUAUGUGGUUUAUGAUGAUGCUAAAAGGCCUCAUCACUGUGUGCUGGAGUUUGCCACACCCCUGCUGUCCUUGUAUGAGAUGUCUAAAGAGUCGUCGGCAGAAUUCAGCACAGAGGACCGUCUGGAACAGGCCAAGCUGUUCUACAGGACUCUCAAAGACAUUCUGGACGACUCACGAGACUGCAGGAACAGCUACCGCUUCAUUAUGUAUGAUGACUCAGAGGCCGCGGAGGAUCCUCACUUCCUUUCGAAGGUGAUUCUGAAGCACCUCCAGCAGCAGGAGAAGGAGGAGUACUCCCUGAGCGAGGGGUCGGAGGUGCAGACUGACCAGCACGAGGCCAUGUCUCGAGACCCCACGUUAAUGAUCAGCAACGACGCACCACGCUCACUGAUGUCUCAACAGUAGACUCAGUAAACACUAAGGAUAACAAAAACACUGUAAACUGGUUUAAUAAUUACAGCUUCCUAGAGCUUCAGGUCUAACAAGUCACGUAGACCAACCUUUCAGCUGGUAAUCUGCACACUGACCUGAGAAUGGAUGUUUUUAUGUAGCUUGGCUGAAUGUAGAAGCCCUGCUCUUUUGAGUAACCACACUACCAUGUCAGUUUGUUCAGCCUUAGAUAGAAUGUGUAGGUGGUGGUAGUUUAUAGUAUUUUUAAUAAUGAGAAAACAUGUUUCUUAUUUCUUAUUUGUUUUGACUUCUUUUUAAUAAAUAAAUAAAAUCAGCUGUUUUCAAAAUAUGUAAAAAACAAUUCCAGAAAAUGUUUGUGAUAACAUUUAUAUCGCCUCAAAGAAUUUAAGAACACAGCAUGGCACCCUGGAAGAACGCUGACAUGAGGGAAACGUGCUUCACGUGUGUGCGGCAUUGCACUGCCCCCUUCAUGCUGUGAUUCUCGAGAUAGAAUUCCAUUAGCGCUGACCAGGGAGGAAAACGUGGGAGUUUUCCCUUUAAGAAAACGAUAGCCCUUGUGAUUGCCAUUGCUGUGAUUUUGAGGAACAAAAGGCUGUUCUUUAUUUGCACCAUUUGUUAAUGAAGUAUUUAGAAAUAUUUUCAUUCAGUGAACAAUUUAGGAAUAUAGCACUGCAGUGUUUUGUUCUAUUCAUUAAUGUUAAUUCGUUUUAUACUUCUAGCCUUUGCAAUACAGAUUUAUAUGGGUGCUGUGAUUUGGAUCGUGGCUUUAUUAACUUUAAUGCUGCUGUGAAAAAAAAUGAUUUCUAUGAAACGUUUUAACAUACAUAGGCCUGCACCUCAUACUUGAUCAUUUGUGGAAGUAAUUUAGUCCAACGUGUUUGAUGUUUUGAUAAGCCCUUGUUGUUGUGUAAUAUGAAAUGACUGUGUCGUGGAAAAGUACAGGAGCGGUCCUAAAAAUGACAUUGUAACCAUUUAACCCUUACUAAAGGGAAUUACAUGAAAUACCAGCUUAGUCAACAGGCUCAAACUGACUAAUGCUUAUUAGCACUUGAAGCAUCAACAAACGUCUACAG